AUGGCUAGUGCGCAUGUCCGAAUAUGAGCAUUGAGCAAAGGCAUGAGGCUGAAGGCAUGGACCAUUCUUAGAAGAAGUUUUGACGUUAGUUGUUGACAAGUUUAGAGUCUUCAAAUUCUGAUGGAGAACCAACCGGCACCCCCAGAAAUCCCCCAGCCGCUCAUCAAGCUGGUGAGACUCAUAACGCGGGGGUUUUAUGGCAUAGAACACGCGCUUGUUAUGGACAUCUUGGUUCACAACAGGUAUAUCAAGGAAGAGGACCUACUAGAGAAACUGAAGUUUGAACGGAAACAUCUGCGGAUGAUCAUCACCCAACUUAAGAAUGACCAGUUUCUCAAAUCCCGUAUGCGAAUGGAGACCCACUCGGACGGGCAUACCACUCGCCACAAUUACUACUCCGUCAACUACAAGAUGGUGGUCAACGUGGUGAAGUACAAGUUGGAUCACAUGAGGAGGAAGAUUGAAAUGGACGAGAGGGACUCGACAAACCGAGCAUCGUUCCUUUGUCCAAUGUGUCAGAAGACGUUUACAGACUUAGAAACGGACCAGCUGUUUGAUCCUCUGACUGGGACAUUUAACUGUACAUACUGCACAACCGAGGUACAGGAAGACCAGAGCAGAGACCAGGAGAAGGACUCGCGUACGCUGUUGGUGCGCUUUAACCAACAGAUCGAACCCAUCUAUCAGCUGUUGCGGGAGCUGGAGGACAUGAGCCUGCCACAGGAGGUCUUGGAUCCCGACCUCGUCCUCGGUCUCAUACCCAAUCGGGUGGUCUCGAGCGGAGGCAGGCCGGGUGAUUCCGGAGGCAGCCGCGGCUGGGCUGACGGCACGCAGAGGUUGGGAUUGGACCUGAACCAAGAGGUCACCAUUAACAUGGAGAACAAGGACACUGCGUCUGCAGCCUUACCUCCCACUGAAGUGAAGGAGCGACCAGUCUGGCUGAGGGACAGCACCAUACACGAGGAAGAAGUGUCUGUGUCGUCAGACAGCAUGAAGGAACCAGGUAUAAUGGAGUCCCGGCCCAGCGCACAACAGGACAACAACGACAUCAUGCGAGUCCUCCUGGCACACGAGAAGAAGGGGGCCAGCUCGGCCGUCUCCGCUGCCAUUCCGUCGGCGGGAGUUGCCGAGAGCGACAGUGACAGUAGUAAGUCCGACACCGAGGACUCCAACAACUUCUUUGGAAUGAUGGCACAGCCUGGCAUGUCUGGUACUAACCCACAGGAGGUGGAAGAGAUGCAGGAUGAUGAUGAUGAAGAGGAGGACAUUCCCAUGGUAACGGUGGGAGGAGAAGAGUACCCAUAUCACCAGGUCAGCGAGAGGCCCGACCUCAUCGCACAGAUGACGUCAUCAGAAAAAGAGGCUUACAUGAAGAUUGGACAGCAAUACUACGCUCAUUUGUAUGACUAAUGAACACCUCUUCAUCUUGUUCCUGGACUUCAAAUUGUUGUAAAUUGAAUGAGUUCUAUAUUUGGUUGGGUAGUAACUAAACCUCUGUCUGUAAGCAGUUGUAGAUAUGGAAAAACAAACACUAAUAAAUUUAGUUCAUCAAACAGAAAUAAAGAUAGAAGUAAAGCAAA